AUGGGGCGGAUGGACGUUAAUAACAUGCGCUACCUGGAAGGGGAGCAUUUUCGUGUUCUCAUUGCUGUUGAAAUGGGUAUGAAGAAUCAUGAAAUCGUUCCAUUACCACUUAUUGCAGCCGUAGCUGGCAUCCAUAGGGGUGCUGUCAGUCGAUCUCUCUCUGAUCUAUCAAAACUUUCUUUGGUGGCAUUUGAAAGAAGUCGAAAAUUCGAUGGAUAUCGUUUAACCGUUCUUGGAUACGAUUACCUUGCUCUGAAAGCUCUUUGUGGAAGAAGUGUUGUCGGAAGUGUCGGAAAUAAAAUAGGAGUCGGCAAGGAGUCUGACGUAUAUGUUGGAGGAGAUCCAGAUCUCAAUGAUUUAUGUUUGAAAUUUCAUCGUUUGGGCAGAACAUCAUUCCGUAAAAUCAAAGAGAAACGUGAUUAUCACAAAAAGAGAAAGUCUGCUUCCUGGUUAUAUCUCAGUAGACUUGCCGCGGCCAAAGAGUUUGCUUUUCUGAAAGCAUUAUCAGACCACGGCUUUCCUGUUCCUAGACCUGUUGACGUUUGUCGCCAUGUCGUAGUCAUGGGUCUCAUAGAGGGAGCAACACUAUGCAAUAUCGGAGAAUUAUCUGAUCCUGCCGGCAUUUAUAACAAAUUAAUGUGCUUGAUUGUAAAACUGGGUCGUUAUGGAUUAAUUCAUGGAGACUUCAAUGAGUUCAAUCUUAUGAUAAUGGAGGAAACUGGGAAAAUAAUUUUGAUUGAUUUCCCUCAAAUGAUCUCAACAGACCAUGAUAAUGCCGAAUAUUAUUUCAAUCGUGAUGUGGACUGUAUAAGAACACUUUUCCGACGAAAAUAUAACUAUGAAUCAGAAGAAUAUCCCAAAUUUAGUGAUGUUUCGCGAAAAUUCACCCUGGAUGUCGAGUUAGAAGCUUCAGGCUUCACGAAGCAGAUGGCUCUUGAUCUUAAUAAGGCUUACGAUGUUGGUAACUUCUUAGCGCAUUGUGAGACUGAUGAUCGAGAUUCCGACGAAGACGAAGAAGAGGAAGAAGUUGAAGAAGAAGGAGGAGUAAAAGACGACACGGAGCAGGAUAAGGAAGAAGGGGAUGAUGAUGAAGACGACGAUGACUCUGACGAUGAUACUAUACUGGAAGAAAAUGAAGAUCUUGACAAGGAAGAACUGAAAGCCGAACAAAUUGAUAGAGAGAAAAAGGCUAAAGCACUGGGUAAAUCCGAAAGAUUUAUGGACUGGCUUGAUACUACCGAGAAAUUUGACAAUCUUGCUCUAGAAGUUGAUAAUGAUUGUCCGCUGCUUAUACAUCCUAAAGAUGUAGAAAGGCUUGAAGAAAUUAAACGUGAUCGCGAAGAAUAUAUUAAAAAACGGGAAGAAGCUGAUCGUUUGGACGCUGAAAAUGCUGAAAGCCCGAAUGAUAAUGCAGAUUCUGACGAUGAUAUGGCUCAUGAACCCAAAAAAACUAAGUCUAAGAGAAAAGGAGCUCGAUCCAUCAUGUCUACUACUUCAACUAUCCCCUUAGAGGAAGUCAAAAGACGUGUAGCCCUCGAAGCUUUCCGGAACAAAGAAAAGGUAAAGCUUAGAGUGAAGGGUAAGCAGUCUGCAGUUGGCAGAGGUAGGAAGGAGAAUCACAGCGUUAUCAAAGAAUAUUCUGGCUGGAUUUAA